GUGUCGCAGCUUUAGGGAAGAAGGCGUGUUUCAGACAGAUAAGAUAAAGGAUCUAAGGACAAAAGGAUUGUGGAGUUUGUAGGCGCCGUCGAUAUACAACAAUAAGACUACAAUUCCCACAGUGUGUGCUGUUCAUGGCGUCUGGUCAAGGGCUAAUGACAAGUCGCCUUCUGACAAACAGAUAGGCCCGUGAUUUUAACGGUGUUGUUGUUGUGCUGUCUGCGAGUGACACGAUGGAGGUGGAGAGCGUCCGCGUGGAAGAUGAAGGGCGCCUGACCCAGAUGAGGUUUGAUGCCGCCGUGAAGGUGAUCAAGAGUUUACCCCCGAAUGGUCCCUUUCAGCCCUCCAAUGACAUGAUGCUCAAGUUCUACAGCUACUAUAAACAGGCCACUGUGGGACCAUGCAGCAUACCCCGACCUGGCUUCUGGGAUGUAGUUGGAAAGGCGAAAUGGGAUGCCUGGAAUUCUCUGGGAGAAAUGUCCAAAGAAGAAGCAAUGGCAUCCUAUGUUGAUGAAAUGAAACUGAUCCUAGAGGGGAUGCCCAUGACUGACGAGGUGGAGGAGCUGUUAAAGGUCCUCGGCCCGUUCUACGAGCUGGUGGACGAAAAGAAAAAGAUCGCGCAGAUAUCAGACCUGAGCACAGCCCGUUUGACUCAGUUUGCUAGGCAACUGGAAGGGUUUGGCACAAUGAUGAAUUCAAUGGCAUCAAAAAGUGUCGCAAAGAGCAUUGUUAGAAACAUGGAAAUGAACGGCACUCUGGAGACACGGCCUGCAAGGCUUAAACAGAAGGAAGUGAGGUCAGAGGAAGAUGCGCUGCAGGAUGAUGAUGAGGAGGAGGAGGAAGAUGACGAUGAGGAGGAUGAAGAGGAGGAGGAAGAAGAAGAAAUGGUGACAAGGGAGGUCAGAAAAGACAAAAAAUCUGGACCAUCACAACCAAAGAAGAAAACUUUAGCUAGGAGACAAAAAGCUCCGCUGUCAAACGGUAAAGUCGCUAACGGGGCCACCCAUCUGACCAAUGGCAGUCAUUCCAGAGCUGCUCUGAACAGCGACAAGUCCCAGGAGGGUUCACUUGGCGAGCCUCUGCUCAACGGACACAAUCCAGAUCCAAGUGUAGCUGCGUCUGCACCCAGUCACCUGACCAGCGACUCAGACAGCGAGGUGUACUGUGACUCUGUGGACCAGUUCGGACAGGAAGAGAACUCGGAGCAUAACCGCUCUCUGGAUGAUUUGGAUGAAGAAGAGAACCACCUCCAGCCGCCUCUGGAGGAGAGACGGGAGACUCAGGAGGAUGUACAGGGUCCAUUGCAGGUUGUCAGAUGUGGAGGAGAAGAUGGAGAGGCAGGUGGAGCAAUGUCACAGAGGCUGAAUGUGACUGUGCCUGGUGGCUCUUCAGUCAGAAGAGGAAGGGGCUCCAGGUCUCCAGGCCUUCGCCCUGGAUCUCAGAUGCCCAUGCACAGUGCUGGAGAUGGAGACGGGGGCCACUGGGGAGGUGCAGGAACACCUGGAGCGAACCUGAAUGAGCAGAUCGUCGUGGCGCUGGCCAGACUGCAGGAGGACAUGCAGAGCGUCCUGGAGAGACUGCACACACUGGAGGCUCUAACUGCAAGCCAGGCAAGAUCAGUGGCUCUGUCUCCUACUUAUGCAUCUCCCCCAGUGAAUAAUAGGAGUCAGAAACCGUCCUGGUGGCCUUUUGACAUUUCACCAACCAGUUUGGCCUUUGCUCUUAUAUGGCCAUUUGUGGUACAGUGGCUUAUCCGCCUAUACUUGCAGAGGAGGAGAAGACGAAUCAACUGAACCCAGUGACACCUUAAAUCACCGUGGGCACGACAAUAACAAAUCCCCAAAAUAUUAUGGCUGGGUUGCUAAUGGCUGUAACUCUUCCCCUGCUUAGACCCAUGGCCCAGUAAUUAGCUCUUGCACUAUGAAGAAAGCCCCUAAAACUAACGAGAGCGAGGAAGCAGUCUCUCAGGCGCGUUGCAGCGUGGAGGUGGAGUCACAAAGGAAGAUGAAAGUAUGGGCUUGCUGUCUGUGAUUAUCCAACUGUUUCAAGAUGAAUCUACUGUAUUGGAUUUUUUUUCUCUGUAAGAAAUGGUCUGAGUCCAGCUGUAGAGUAGCUUCUCAAUUAUUUCCGUAACUGAGAUAUUAUUGCACACAAAUCGGCGUUUUCAGCUUAAGGUUUCAUUUGAUGUUACUAGAAAUGUCCCCAAUUCACUUUCAUUAGUUGCCCAGGUAAUGCUGCUAUAGUAAAAUAUUGUAAUUACUGUAGAAAUGAGGAAUAAAUGUAUUAAUGUACUGAAAUGUGAGAUUCUUUUUAAUUCUAAGUUAAUAUUUAUUGCUUUUAGCAACAGUUGCAAUGAAGACGUUGCUGGCCAGCUUUCAGCUGUAAAAGUGAGAUUUCUGUUGAAGUGAAUGUUUGUGUGUAGGUCAGACCAGGUUCAGGAUGUUUUCAUCAACGGUUUUGCUACAUAUCAGUCUGCACAUCACUUCAGAUUGUUUUGUACUUUAGUUUCUAAAUAGAAGAAGUGCCUCAGCAUUACAAGGUAUUUUGUAUUGUAGGCAUUAUGAUUUCUUACAUUCUCUUAUUGUAGCAUAACCCUUGCAUUCCUGGACCAAAUUCAGACUAAUUGUACUACUUAGUGAGCCAUGAAUUAGCAGAAAUCUUCCAAUCUGAUAUCCGAUAUCUAAUGCAUAAUGUUUGUCACCAUCUGUCGUUUAUGCAUUUUUGUUUUCUGUGUUGUUUCAUUUUAAUGUGUGAAGAAUUUCAUUGGGAUGAUAGUAAUCGUGAAUUGUUUGCAGAGCAGCGAGCUCCAUAUAAAUUGUAUACAAUAGCUGUACAGUCCAAACAAAAAUGCAAUAUUUUAAUUGCAUCUGUGUGUAAUAUGAUGCCAUAUUUACAAAGUAUGGCAUCUGCAUUAGCACUGAUCUUUCCAGCGCUAUUAUGUUUUAAUUAAAGAAAAAAAUGCAAUAGUUUACCUUUCUACUGAAAUGUACUAAGGCUUUCUCACCCUCUCUGCCUGUGGAUAGAGUGGUGUUUGCAUGUGAUAAUCUCAGCCUGAAAUAAAGUUUUCACAAAGCA